CUUAUAUUAAUGGCUGCCUAAAAGUAUAGAGAUCCCGCCCAAUUCCAUCUUCCAUCUGUCCCCCAAUUCCCAUUUAUCCAUUUCAGUCUCCUUUGCACUUAAUUGGUAACAAUCGAUAAUGGAGACUAUAAAUCACCCGUAAACCCUUGUUUUCCUCCAUCUUUUGAGCGUCGAAUUAUGCAGCAGCCGCCGCCGGAAGCGUCUAGAAAACAGCUGCUUCACACCUCCAUGACGCCGCCGUCGGGCGGCGGCGGCUAUGGAUAUCAUCGAUUUACCGCCGGCGAUCGUCAGCGCCGUGAUCUGGAUCAGGAAUUCAAGGAAGCCGUCGUCGUCAGGACACCACCUCCAUCCAAGAGGAAGAGUGGAAUGCUCGAGUGUGAGACUGGACAUGCUGAUCAAAACGUUGGUCCCUUCCGGACACCUGUCUCGGGAAAGACAGGAAAAGCCCAACCGAGAACAAGUAAGGCAAAUAGAGCGGGUCCUCAGACUCCCUCAGGAAACAUUGGUUCCCCUGCUAGCAAUAUUCUCACUCCAAAUGGUACCUGUCGCUAUGAUAGCUCUUUAAGUCUCCUAACAAAGAAAUUCACCGAUCUGAUAAAACAUGCAGAAGAUGGUAUUAUAGAUUUGAAUAAUGCUGCAGACACACUGGAGGUCCAAAAGAGGCGUAUAUACGAUAUAACUAAUGUUCUUGAAGGCAUUGGUCUUAUAGAAAAGAAACUCAAAAACAGAAUCCAGUGGAAGGGUGCGGAUGUCUCCAGACCAGCACAAGCCCAGGGCAACAUCUCUGGUUUAAGGAAAGAAAUACAAAACCUGAAGAUGGAGGAACAGGGAUUAGACAAACGAAUUAGAGAAAUGCAAGAAAUAUUGACAGACCUCAGUGAAGAUGAAAAUAAUCAAAGGUGGCUUUUUGUUACUGAAGAAGAUAUCAAGAACUUACCUUGCUUCCAGAAUCAAACUUUGAUAGCAAUUAAAGCUCCACAUGGCACUACUUUAGAAGUUCCUGAUCCAGAUGAGACUGUAGAUUAUUCACAGAGGAGAUACAGAAUAAUACUUCGAAGCACCAUGGGACCUAUAGAUGUUUAUCUCGUCAGCCGAUUUGAAGAAAAUUUCGAGGAGAUGAAAACGGUUGAGGCACAACCAAGCAUUCUCCAAACAUCGAGUGUCAAUAAGGAAGCUCUCGCGCAUGCACCAAUGGAAGAGAUUACCGGGCAUAAAAUUGAUUGCCAGGGAUCGAAAGCUCAGGAGAUGUGCCCGGGCACGAGUACAUCACAAGAUUUUGUGGGUGGGAUGGUGAGGAUAUUACCAGAUGGUGAUACUGACGCUGAUUAUUGGCUGCUGUCUGAUGCCGAUGUGAGCAUCACCGACAUGUGGGGAGUGCAGUCUGGAUUCGAUUGGGAUACUUUGAACACACUACCCGAAGAUAAUGCCAUGGCUAACCUCAGCUCACCACCGGUUCAUUCUGCACCGGGAGCUAACUGCAGGGCAAGACAAUUUCUUGCUUGCAAGACUACAGAGAAUAUGCAAAGUGAAUUGGUUAGAAAAAUGCUGUGAGCCUGUUGAAAGAAAAUGCUUUGAUUUAGGGUUUGCCAAAGAGAAAACACACUACACAAGAUGGGGACGAAUGAAUGAAAAUGCGCCAAGUGUCAUGGGUCGAUGGCUGUUGAUUGCUGAUCUCACAUUUCAUCUGGUGAGGGCGUUUAACAUUUUCCCUGAUUGGACUUAAUUUUUUUGUUCUUAUAUUAUCAGAAUAUAAAAUGGUAAGUUGUAAAUUGGGGUUGGUUUGGUUCCCCCAGUUUGUUAUAACUUAUAAAACUGGAAUGAAAUGUAGUGUCAGAUAUGGUCAUGAAAAUACAUUUUUCUGGUGAAUUUAUAGAGAGGUCCAUUUAUUGACUCAAAUUUUAUGAAAUCAC